UAUAAAUUGAUAGCUUGUUAUAAAUUUAAUACCUAUUCGUUAAUUAUCAUCUAAUUGAUACUGAUUAAAUUUUGUAAUCGAAGCCAAUAGUUUUUUUCAUUAAGCCUAGGUACUCUAUCAUGUCACCACCUAUAAUACCUACUUUAAAACCGAAAUUCUUAUUCGGUCUUACAACUAAAGUAAAUGGCAAUUGUCUAUUUCUCAAUGAAAAUGAAAUCGUCUACCCUGCGUCUGGUGUCCUCGUCAUCUAUAACAUUUCCCAUCACAGACAAAAAUAUAUACAUCUAGUUGAACCACAAAAAGUCAUCACUGCAAUGGCGCUAUGCAUGAACAAGAAUGUUAUAGCUGUGGCCGAAAAAGGUGACAAUAAAAAACCGACCAUAAGUAUAUACGAUUUGGACUCUAAGAAACGCAAAAAACGGUUAACUGUGCUAACUGAUCUAAAAACGGACAACUUCAUCAAUAUCAAGUUCUCAUAUGAUGAUAUUUAUUUAGCAGCCCUCACUAAUGGGCCGGAUUUUAUGAUGUACUACUACAAUUGGGAAAAUGCAAAAAUCGAAAGCUACGUGAAAGCCACUAAUCCUCCAAAUGCUGAAGGACCUGUUUUAGACAUGGCAUUAAAUCCAACCGACAAUACGAUUUGUUGUUUUGUUGGAAAAGGACUCUUUCGAUUGGUCACUAUCAGUGAUUCUAUUUGGCGGCAGUAUGGUUUCCAAAAAGCUGACAAUUUGGAUUUUUCAACUGUGUGUUGGUUAAACGGCGAUAGGAUUUUAGCUGGUACUAUGGAUGGUCGUCUAGUAAUAGUAGAAAAUGGAGAAUUAAUUGCUGUGUACAAUGCCAAAACAAUGAUAGAUUUUGAUCCAAAAAUUAAAAUAAAGGCUCCUUUAGAUGUAGUUCCAUUAGCAAAAGAAGGCAAUCAACGAAUGGACAUAAAAUGCUGUACACCGUUCAAAAUCGGUUUAGUAUUCGUUUUUGGUGAUUCGCGUGUAUAUUACUAUGAAAAAACUAAUCACAGGUAUAAAAAACGAAACGAAUAUUUGAAACAAACUGAUCCGAACUUAAAAGCUUUAGAUACUGAUAGACCUAUGCACAACAUAGAAACGCUGUCUUUAAGUCCAAAUUAUCAAAAAAUGAUUUGUGUCACGAGAAGAUCUCAAUUAUUUUGGGCACCUUUGGCUGAAAUGCCUAAAAUGCUAUUGACGCAGGCAGUGAUUUAUUUUAAGCCACUUGGCGAAGACUUGCAUCACGGUGGUAUUUCUAACUUGUCAACUUGUAAAUGGAAACCGAUAUUUAUAACGUGUGGCAAGAUUGACCACACUAUAAGAGUUUGGAAUUAUUUAGACUGUUCUUUAAUUCUAUCACAACACUACCAAGAAGAUGUGUUUAGUGUGUCACUGCAUCCUUCUGGGUUAUAUUCCGUGGCUGCAUUCACAGGAAAAGUUGAAUUCCAACUCGUACACACAGAAGGUCUAAAGGCAUGGAGAGAAUUCGCCGUCACUAGCUGCAAUCUAACAGAAUUUAGCACAUCCGGUCACAUGUUUGCUUUGGCAAACCAGUUCGACGUAGACGUUUAUUGUUCGAUAAAAUUUGAGAAAAGAUUCACAUUCAAAGGUCAUUCGAAUGCUAUUACAGCCAUGGUAUGGGCGACAAAUGAUAUGAAAAUAGUCACGUGUGGAAAAGAUGGUGCUAUUUAUGAGUUUAAUACACGCACUGGCGAAAGAGAUAUGGACAUCGUACAUCCUAAGACAAUUUAUAUGGAUUUGGCCAUCUCGAACGAUACCAAUCAAAUAUUCCCAGCUGCUCAAGAUGGCCGAUUCAGAGAAAUAUAUAAUCAAUCGGUGAUUCGUGAUAUAGACUUACAUCAAGGACCCUUAGACGCGAUAGCAUUAUCCAGAUCAGAUUUAAUUCUAUUUGUAGCAGGUCAAAAUGGCGUUUUAUUGUCAUUAAUGUUACCUAUAAUGGCUGAAAUCAAACACAAAGAGUUCAAUGUGCACAACAAGAAUAUAUCAAAGAUGAGUAUGACAAUAGACGAUUCAAUUCUUAUUACUUCUUCAGUAGAUGGUAGCAUAUGUAUAUGGGAUGUUAUGGACGCCGAAGGCAAAAAAGUUAUUUUAAAUGACCAAUUUGCAUAUUCUGAUGAUAUCUUAGUUAAUGCUUUGGAUUUGAAAAACAAAAUUGAAAGCAUAGCAGAGCUUAAAAUGAGAGUAAAAGAAUUGGAAAAAGAAUGUAAAUACCAGAUUACUGAACUUACAAAGUCCAAAGAACAACAGAUCCAAGAGCUGAAUAAUAAUCAUUCAAGUCUUAUAAAAAUAUUGGAAAAUAAAAAUACCGAAAUAACUAAAAAACAUAUGGCCGAUAAAAGUAGAUUAGAAAUGGAAUUAAAUCUUUUAAAAGAUUCGCACGUAUUAAAAUUGGAAGAAUUGGAAGCUAACUAUAAUGGAAAACUUUUGGUCGAAUACGAAAAAUACGAUGUUCUCCAAAAAGAGUUAUUCAAAAUUAACUCGGAAUUGGAAAAAGAUUUUAAUAAAUCUGAAUUCGAACAAAAUGAAAAAUUGCAAGAAAUAGUAGACCAGUUUAAUAUAAAACUUAAAGAAAAAGAUGAAAAUAUUUUAAAACUAAAAGAACAACUGAUUAAAGACAAACAAAGUAUGUCAGUGUGCGUGAGUAAAAUUGAAGAAGACGCAGAUCGGGAAGUGUUGGAGAAAAAGGCUGAAUUUGCAGCAAAAUUGAGGGAUUUAAAAAAAAUUAAUUUAAAUUUAAGGGGUGAACUUGGAUCAUAUAAAAUGAAAGCUAAAGCGGCAUCGAAAGAAGCAGAAGAUUUUGAUCGUUUAAUUGAAAAGUACGAAGAUGAUGUAAAGCAAUUGAAGAUUUCAGUAAAAAAUGAAGAACAGACAAUUUUAGACCUCAAGAAACAAAUACAAGUUCGUGACAUUAUCAUAGAGCAGAAAGAAACUAGAAUUUUCGAAGAAAAGCUCAAAAUGAAAGAUUUAGAAAAACAAUUGUUAUUAACGAAAGAAAAUGUGAACGAACUAGAACAAACGGUCGAGCCAUUAAUUAUGGAAAUACAAGAUAAAAAAAGGAUAAUAGAAGACAUGGAAGCAGAAAUGGAAGAUAUGUCAGGUGAAAAAAAACUUAUGCGACUCUACAUUUCUGAUCAAAAAGACAAAUUAAAAGCAUACACUAGAGAACUAAAAAAUAAAGAACAAAUUAUCAGAGAUGUUAAUAGAAUGAUAAAAAACAUUCAAAUCGAUAUCCAUUCCGUCAGUGAACAUUAUCAAAAUCCACCUAAGCUAAAAGAUGCAGUGAAAGAUUUGUGUAUGAAAUACAGCAACGAAAAAGUAUUCAAAGUGUCUAAAGAUGAAGAGUUAGACACUAGAAUAGAAUUUAUAAAGCAACGACAAUUUUUAGAAAAAACAAUCAUCAAUCUUAAAAAACGAGUGAAUGCAUGUGCGAAAAAAAAUGAUUCUUAUAGUAAGAUUAUGGAAGAGAAUAUGAUUCUCAUUGAAGAAAAUAAUAAACUAAGACAAGAACUCAAGGUAAACCUCAAAAAAUAUGAGGAAAUGGAAUCCAUUUAUAAAAGAAGUAAAAAACAUAUCACCUCUAAGCAAAUUAAAAAUAAUAAUACUCAUCAAAAGUUAGUUGCUACUGCAAAUACAAAAUCUAUUGAAUACCCACAUAAGGAACAUAAUAAUGUUAAUAUAAACAAUAAUUAAAAUGUUAGACAAAAAUUGUAAAAAUUGUAGACAAUUUAUUUCAAAAAUUAAAAAGUACAAUCAUAACAUAUGGCAAGAAAUACAGUAACAAUACAAUACAAAUGGUAUCAACCUUUUCUUAUUUUUUGUACUUCUAUUACUCUUUUGGAUUUCUAAGUCACAUUUAGACAUUCUUAAAUUAUAUAAUAACAAAUAUAUUUAAUUUAUAUAGAAUUCUUAAAAUGAAUACUGUUAAAAAUAGUGUCUCAGAUCAAACUAUUAAUAUUUUAACAUUUAUGUACUUACUAUAUAAACUGUUUUAAUCAGUAGAAUAAUUAUUUGUAAA